UUGAGCUGAGCCAGCUCCUGGCUUGCUAUGUCUCUGUCACUGCUACGGGCCUGGGUGUUGUCUAUCUGUCCUGGGGAUGGGGCCAUGGGUCAUCCCAAGAGCUCCCAGGUUAUGGUUCAGACUCCCUAUGGCUCUACCCUUUCCCCUUUCCCAAGGCUAGGUUCCUGUGGCGGGGAGGGAGAGGUGCCUGGUUCCCAGAUCUUAGAGACUCACCUCAACACCAUGCUGGAUUCUGGAUCCCAAACUCAGCAAAGGAGCAGCCACAGUGGCCCAGAGGCCAGCCUGUGGUCCUCAGGCUUUAGUGUGAAGCUGGAGGCCGUCACCCCAUUUCUGGGCAAGUAUCGCCCCUUUGUGGGUCGCUGCUGCCAGACCUGCACCCCUAAAAGCUGGGAGUCCUUCUUCCACAGGAGCCUGAUGGACCUGGGCUUCUGCAAUGUGAUCCUGGUGAAGGAGGAGAAUACCAGGUUUCGGGGCUGGCUGGUUCGUAGGCUCUGCUGUUUCCUGUGGUCCCUGGAGCAGCGCAUCCCCCCCUGCCGGGAUGCCCCACAGAAGAUCAUGGAGAGCACUGGGGUACAGAGCCUCCUCCCUGGGAGAGUCCUGGGAGGGGCUGGGGAAGGCCAGCCGCCUGCCCUAGUGCAGAGGGAGGUGAGGCGCAUCCUGGGCCACAUCCAGGCCCCACCCCGCCCCUUCCUGCUCAGGCUGUUCAGUUGGGUGCUGCUGAGGCUCCUGAACUGCCUCUUCCUGAAUGUGCAGCUCCACAGAGGCCAGAUGAAGAUGGUGCACAAGGCUGCUGAGGCGGGCUCGCCACUUGUCCUCCUCUCCACUCAUAAAUCGCUCCUGGAUGGGAUCCUGCUGCCCUUCGUGCUGCUCUCCCAGGGCCUGGGCGUGCUCCGCGUGGCGUGGGACCCUUGUGCCUGUUCUCCUGCUCUCAGAGCUCUGCUGAGGAAUCUUGGGGGGCUUUUCCUGCCUGCAGAGGCUAACCUCUCCCUGGACAGCUCUGAGGGGGUCCUUGCAAGGGCUGUCAUCUGUGCUGCUGUGGAGCAGCUGCUGGGCAGUGGGCAGCCUCUGCUCAUCUUCCUGGAGGAUGCUCCUGGAGCCCCAGGGCCGCGGCUGUCAGCCCUGGGCCAGGCCUGGCUGGGGCUGGUGGUACAGGCGGUGCAGGCAGGCAUAGUCCCAGAUGUUACACUGGUGCCAGUGGCCGUCACCUAUGACUUGGUUCCAGAUGCACCAUACAACAUGCACCACGCCUCGGCCCCCCUGGGGCUGUGGACUGGAGCGCUGGCUGUCCUGCAGAGACUGCGCAGAUGCUGGGGCUGCAGCCACAAGGUCUGCGUCCGAGUGAACCUUGCCCAGCCCUUCUCUCUGCAGGAAUAUAUCACCAACGCCAGAAGCUGCUGGAGCGACAGGCAGACCCUGGAGCACUUGUUGCAGCCCAUCGUACUGGGCCAGUGUACCACUGUUCCAGACACUGAGAAGGAGCAGGAAUGGACCCCAGUGCCCCGGCUGCUCCUGGCCCUUCGGGAGGAAGACCGGCUCCUGGUCAGGAGGCUAAGCCGCCACGUCCUGAAUGCCAGUGUGGUGAGCUCGGCAGUGAUGAGCACGGCCAUCAUGGCGACGCUGUUGUUGUGCAAGCACCGGAAGGGUGUGGUCCUGUCCCGGCUGCUGGGGGAGUUCUCUUGGCUGACGGAGGAGACGCUGCUGCGUGGCUUUGACGUGGGCUUUUCAGGGCAGCUGCGGAGCCUGGUUCAACACACACUAAGCCUGCUGCGGGCACAUGUGGUCCUGCUGCGGGUCCAGCAAGGGGACCUGCUGGUUGUCCCACGGCCCGGCCCAGGCCUUGUACACCUAGCACACCUGAGUGCUGAGCUGCUGCCUGCCUUCCUGAGUGAGGCAGUGGGUGCAUGUGCUGUGCAGGCACUGGUGGCAGGCAGGGUGCCGUGUGAGGGGCCCUGGGAGCUGCAGGGAGUAGAGUUGCUGAGCCAGAGGGAACUGUACCACCAGGUCCUGCUGCUGCUACACUUGCUACCCAGGGACCUGCUGCUGUUGCAGCCCUGCCAGUCUUCCUACUGCUACUGUCAGGAGGUGCUGGACCGGCUCAUCCAGUGCGGGCUCCUGGUUGCUGAGGAGGCCCCAAGCUCUCGGCCAGCCUGUGACACAGGGCGACAGCGUUUGAGUGCAAAGCUGCUGUGGAAACUGAGUGGGGACUUCAGUGACAGCGACAGUGACCACUUUGAGGAGGCUCAGGGCCGGUGCUUCAGGGCACGGCUGCCUGACACUGGUGAGGCCCACCUCCCCUGUGGUGCCCAGGGCUCUGCCCACAGGCCUGGGCUAGAUCUCCUUCUCCUGCAGAGUCCGGCUAUGUGGAGCAGCUGCUCGAGUUCCUGCAGGCCAGCGCCCAGGAAGAAGGGCUGUUUGGUGAGUCUCAGGCAGCCCAUCCAGGCUCUGGGAGGUGGGAGGCUCUGCUGGUGGCUGCUGCCCCCUGCUGGGCAGUGGCAACCUGACCCUGGGAAGGAGAGGCACAGAGCCCACCUCUGCUUUCCUCCUUUACACAAGAGCUGUGUCCAGUGGCUCCCUGCUCUGCCCCAGCCUUCAUCUCUCUUCCUCCAGAGUAUGCGGACCCAAGCCUCGCCAUCAGUGCUGUCUGGACCUUCAGAGACCUGGGGGUGCUGCAGCAGACAUCUGGCCUUGCAGGCCCCCAGCUCAUGCUGUCCCCUGCAUUUGCCAGCCAGGAGAGCCAGGACAGGCUGGAACAGUUCAUCCGACAGUUUGUGUGUAGCUAAGGCAGAGCCUGAUCUGAGCCUCCUUGGCCCACAGGGUCGCACAACCUUCACUGGACUAUAAAGUCUGUGCUCUUACUUUUUCUUGUCAUUAUUCCCUAAAAAAUACAACUAUUUGUAGAGCAUUUAUAUUAGGUAUUAAUAAUAAUCUAGGUAAAUGGGAGGAUGUACAUAGGUUAUAUGCAAAUACUAAGGCAUUUUGAGACUUGAUUACCUACAGAUUUUUGUAAUCUUGUGUUGUGUGUACAGAUGUAUGUAUGUAAAAUACACAUCAGAUGUUUCAUUUAAAUGAAGAAAAUGCCUACUGAUUUAAAAAAAAAAGUCUCUGUCCUUUGUUGUGAUAAACAAGAGGACCAGCUA